UGCACUACGGCAGUCGGCAGACUGCAGACGACGAGUUGUGAGCUGCGUUCUGUGAAAAUCAUUCUUGAUUUGAUUUCGACGCUGGGUGACGUUGGGUAACCCAUUGUUAUCGCUCGUUAUCGUAUAGCGUCACAUAAUCUAUCAUCAUCUCGAGCGAAAAUGUUUCAUCUGCGAAAUCUCACACGGUCAUCGAUCGCCUUGAAGCAAGCAUCGAGUAACGAUGUACAGAACAUCCUGAUGCGCGUCGCGCCGGCCGCCUGGCAAGUGGCGGUUUACCGUGAUUAUGCUGAUCAUCAGAUACCGGACCGCCUUAAAGACGUGCCCGAGGCGCCGAAUCCCAGAUUCUUCGAUAUGGUAGAAUACUUCUUUCAUCGCGCUUGCCAAAUCAUUGAAGACAAGCUGGUUGAGGACAUUGGCAAGCGAUCACGUGUCCCGAUCGAGGAGCGUAAAAAAAAGGUUAAGGGGAUUCUAAUGUUAAUGGAACCCUGCGAUCACAUUCUUGAGACCACGUUCCCGCUUAGGCGCGACUCGGGCGACUAUGAAAUGAUUACCGGCUAUCGCGCUCAACACUCCACCCAUCGAACGCCCUGCAAAGGAGGUAUUCGUUUCUCGAUGGACGUUUCACGGGAUGAAGUUAAGGCUCUGUCGGCCUUAAUGACAUUUAAAUGUGCGUGUGUCGACGUGCCAUUCGGCGGCGCAAAAGCUGGAAUUAAGAUUAACCCAAAGAACUAUUCGGAACACGAACUGGAGAAAAUUACUAGAAGAUUUACGUUGGAAUUAGCAAAGAAGGGAUUCAUCGGACCUGGUGUUGAUGUUCCUGCUCCCGAUAUGGGCACCGGUGAACGGGAAAUGUCUUGGAUAGCCGAUACUUAUGCGAAAACUAUUGGCCAUCUCGACAUCAACGCUCACGCUUGUGUCACUGGCAAACCCAUCAAUCAGGGUGGUAUUCAUGGUCGCAUUUCUGCAACAGGACGUGGAGUGUUCCACGGAUUAGAAAAUUUCAUCAACGAAGCUAGUUACAUGAGCAUGAUUGGUACUACGCCCGGUUGGGGAGGCAAAACAUUUAUUCUUCAAGGUUUUGGUAACGUGGGUUUGCACUCUAUGCGUUAUUUACACCGCGCGGGCGCUGCAUGUAUAGGAGUGAUCGAACACGAUGGAUCUAUUUGUAAUCCAGAAGGUAUCGAUCCAAAGGAAUUGGAAGAGUACCGUAUAGAAACUGGUACUAUCGUUGGUUUCCCUGGGGCCGAGCCAUAUAAAGGUGAAAAUCUUAUGUAUGAGCCGUGUGAUAUAUUUAUACCUGCUGCCAUAGAGAAAGUAAUUACCAAAGAGAAUGCGGGACAUAUCCAGGCAAAGAUUAUUGCAGAGGCUGCUAAUGGACCGACUACUCCUGCUGCAGAUAAGAUUCUGGUCGACAGGAAUAUUCUUGUAAUCCCGGAUUUGUACAUUAACGCCGGUGGUGUCACAGUUUCGUUCUUUGAGUGGUUGAAGAACUUGAAUCACGUGUCGUACGGCCGUCUAACUUUCAAAUACGAAAAGGAGUCUAAUUAUCAUCUCUUAGAAUCGGUGCAAGAAUCUUUAGAGCGUAGGUUUGGUCGUGUUGGUGGCCGUAUUCCCGUUACACCAUCCGAAGCCUUCCAAAAACGUAUAUCUGGCGCUUCUGAAAAAGAUAUUGUCCACUCUGGUCUAGACUACACAAUGGAGAGAUCUGCUAGGGCUAUUAUGAAGACUGCCAUGAAAUUCAAUCUCGGACUCGAUUUGAGAACAGCGGCAUAUGCCAAUUCGAUUGAAAAAAUAUUUACUACUUAUUCGGAAGCUGGCCUCGCUUUUUAAAUAUUUACUAGAUUGUAUGUAUGCAGCAAGUAUUGUAUUAAUGUGCGAUAAAGAUAAUGUCAAUUUUUACCGCGAGAGGUGACUUAGAUUUAUCAUUUAAAAGAUAUUUACGAAUAACGAUUAUGUCAAGUCAUAAGGGGCAAUAUCCAAAACUUGCGAUGGAAUAUUCCAAUGCAAAAUUAUCAUUUCUGUCAUGUUUCGCAUUGUGACAGUUGCCUAGUUACAGAUAGAGUCACAUAGACCGGAUAUUAUGACACCAUUAAGUAAUAGCACGAAAUCAAAUAUCGACCAUUUUUUUUUUCUAAGAUAGGAAAGGUCCAAUGCAUUUUUAUAUUUCAAUUUUUAUGUAUAAAAUAUGAAGAAUUAUACAAAGCUGCCAUUGAGAUAAUUCGCUAUUUAUAAGUAGCGAAUUUAUAAUUCGCAAUUUUCUCUCCUUGAAUAUGCCAUUUUGACGAUAUUGCUGUAUUUCUAAUAUUGCACUUGUAUAAAGAAAAUUAUUUAUGAUUUUAUCUUACGACAAGAAAUUGACUCUUACAGAGCAAAAGGAGCGAUAUAUCUGGUUAGAUAUACAAUGUUACACGCAACAUAAUUGUUAUACGAUAUUCUGUUAAUAAAGAUACUCAAUGAAA